AUAAAGUACACAACGCGCAGAAAUACACGUAGCCACAAGCCACGUAGGUGCCUGUGGGUACUGGGUAGGCGAAGACGUUAUAAUUAAUUAGCGUGUCGUAAACACCGGGAAAGAAGCAAAAACAUCGUAAAUCGCGUGGAUUCUGAAUAUUCUGAUUCUCUGAUGGGAAUUCGGCGAAGGAGAAAAAAUUUCAGAGGCGGCCCACCCGACCAAGGCUGACUGAUAACACUGGUCGGCAGGUGGCGGUGGCGGCGGCGGCGGCGGCGGCGCAGUGGUGCCACCCGGGGCGGCCGCAGUUCAGUGAUCCGACGGGGGCCAUGAACACAACCGCAGACGUCCAGCCCAGCCGCGGUCCAAUUGAAGAUGUAAUCAAAAGACUGACGAGAAGUCGAGAAAUUGGAUCGCUGCUGCCGUUGUCGUCGUCGUCAUCGUCUUCUGCGUUUAUGGAUUAUUCKACAAUGAAUAGCUGACAAAAUGUUGCAGACCAAAAAGGAAUCCAUAAAAAGGGAGAGCCCUGAGGCCCCUGCUCCUGAUAGUACAACUGUUGAAAACAAGAGUUAUAUUUGUGGAGAAGAAGUAUUGGUUCAUCUUAAUGAUGAACGAUUUUAUUUAGGAUUUAUAGCAAAAUUGAGGUAUAAAGAAUCUAAAUGUUUAGUUAAGUUUGGUGAUAAUACAGUAAAAUGGGUGUUCUUAAAAAAUGUUACUCGGAUGACAUGUACGAGUACGAUUACCCAAUUUUGCAAUGUGUGCAAUAUCGAGGCUAUGCCAAAUGAUAUUUGUGUAUGUGAUAAAUGUGCUAAUGUAUACCAUCGUAAAUGUCACAAGCCGGAAGUUGAAAUUACAGAUAUUACUGUGUGGAUAUGUUUCCAAUGCAAAGAAAAACAACAGAUUAAUAGACUGCAAGUUACAAAUUCUGUAUCAAGCUCAAUUGUUCCAAAAGUUGUUAAACUACCUUAUGAUUUGAAUGCUUUACAAUGGGAUAUACAUCAUCGAAUUAACAAUUUAGGAACCUAUUGUUAUUGUGGAGGACCUGGUGACUGGUUCAUCAAUAUGCUACAAUGUGGUAAAUGUUUACAAUGGUUUCAUGAAAAAUGUGUCUCUUCAUUGGUGUAUCCUCUGUAUCUCGGCGAUAGGUUCUAUGUCUUUUUGUGUUCGGUGUGCAAUGAAGGUACAGAAUUUGUACGUCGUAUUGAAAUGGAAUGGUCUGAUUUAGUUCAUCUUGCCCUUUUUAAUAUGACUGCUUAUAAACCACAAAAAUAUUAUGAUGUGGAUAUAAAUAUACUUCCAUAUUUAGAUAAUCAUUGGACUUCAAUGUAUCUACCUCCUAAAAUUCUUAAUGUUCCUGUUGAUGACAGGAAAGUUUAUGUUGUCAAUUCCCUGCUCAAAGAUACCAAUCAGUUUGAAUUCCAGGGUAAAAAACCCACUAACAUGUGGGGACUCCGACUGAAGUUGCCACCUAAGCCCCCACGUUUUACGUUACCCGCGGAAGUUCCAAUUAAUGAGAAUCUUUUGCAUCACCAAUUGCGCAAUAAACUUAACCUCAGUAUAUUACCACCUCCAAAAAAGACUGAUCUUGUAAUAAAUGAACGACUUACCGAGUCAAUGUAUUCAGUGGAAGGAUUGAAAUUUUUACAUCAAGAUUCACAUGUUGUUAUGUUACCAAAAGGCCUUCCAUCAAUUGGACAUAAUGUAUGUAUUAAAAGUGCCAGUCCAAUUGUACCUGUUCCAAGAUCUGUAAUUGAAAGACGGAUUAGACAACAACAAAUAGAAACAAAUAAACGAAGUUCUCGAAGUUCGAGUGUGGUCACUAAUAAAGUUAAAAAAUCAAUAAAAAAAGAAAAAGUUCCUGAAAGUCGAUCACCGUUUGAUCUCAGUUCAACUGAGAGUACUCCAGAAAAAUAUAUAUCGGCAUCUGAAGAAGAACUAACUAGUGAAGAUGAACCAGAUGAUGAUGAAGACCUUGAUGACGAAGAUGAUAUUGAUUCGUUGCGUACAAMGGACCUUCAAAGUCGACGUAGUCAGAGACUUAGAGUUAGUGUCAACCGUUUAUUAAAUGGACGGCCAAUGGCUAGAUCAUCGCUUCCCCGUGAAACUCGUUCUGCUUCAUCAAUUACCUUACCUCUUUCUUUAGCACCUGUAAUUACUCAACCACAAGUUCGUACUACCAAACGACGUUUAAGUGAAAAAGAUUUGCGUGUUGAUCGAAAUGGACAAUAUUUAGUUAAACGUAAGAGGUUACGUCGAAAUGGUUUACAGAAUAGCAGUUCGAGUCCAACUAAACGCCAGUCUAAGACCAACUGUAAUGGUCGUCCAUUGUAUAAAUCUUAUUCAGAUUUUUUCGCAAAUCAUAGUCACUCUGUAAAUAGACCUUGUUCACCUGAAAAUGCUGUAGACUCUACAGCUGAUCUUAAAACUCUAGUACAUUCAUAUUUCGGUGCUAGUAAUAGAAUUGCUAAUGGUGAAGAAUAUACUAUACUAUGCAAAAGAACUAACCCAGAUGGGUCUGAAGAAUUUUUAAUUAGAUGGGAUUAGUAUAUUAUUCUAUAUAAUCUUAAACAUAACAAUAUUAUUCACUUAACAUACUUUUCAAAUUCCCAUAGAAGGAAAAUAAAACAUGAUUUUAAUGAUUGUGUGAGCUGUUAUGCAUUUAUAUUCUGUUACUAUUACCAAACUUGGUAUUUGACUGUUAUUAUCAACGUUCCUGAUUUGAUUCUUAAUUUCCUAUUCAUAACUAUUAUGAUGAGAGUUUUAUUAAAUGUAUAUUGUUAUAAUCAAUAUUAUAUUUUUGAUGGAAUGUUGGCAAUAAUAAGUUGAUACAAAAAUGAUUCCUAUAUACUAUCGUGUAUUAAUAAAAAUACAUCAGACUUGGCUCAGUUUUAUACCAUUAUAGUUUAUCCAAUCACAAUUUAGUUUAUUCUGAAUAUUUUGUGUUUUGGAUACUGUUUUUAAAAUUUAUGACCUUAUAUCAAUUGUUUGGCUCAAAUUGUAUGCCUAUGAUAAUUUCCUACUACUUAUUAAUUACUUUCAUAAGCUUGUGAAUGUGUACAGUCGUACAUGGUUUUAAGUAAAUAUUAAAAAAAUCAAGCAAGUAAAAAAAGAACAAGUUGUAUUUAUUAUUAUAUAUUUUUUAACAUAAAUUGUGUUCAUAUUUAUAGUUUAGUGAUAUUGGCGCAAUAGCUAUGGUAAUUUUUGGGUGAAAUUACCACAUCACAUUUUACUGGUCCUCAACCCAUCCCAAAGUUAUAAAAUUUUCUAAUUUUUAUUUUGAAAUUUUACGUAAUUGAAUAACUACUAUUUAAUUAUUCAAUUGGUUAAUGAAAGUACAUAAUUUCAUUAAUGGUACAUUUAUUUAAUAUAAAUUUAUAUAGAAAAAUGUUUAUGAUUUAAGGGUGUAAUUCAAUUGUUUAUACCUAUACUGAUGGGUUAUCUAGUAUCAUGUAGAUAAAUUUAGUGUAAUUUUUACCUAUAAAAACAUUUUUAAUUUUAAUUAAUGUGAAGAAUUGUAUGCGUUAAGACUGAAACAUGUGUCCAAAACGUGAAAACGAUUAUUUCUGGUAGUGGUUUUAAGGUCAUGGCAUUUAAGAACUUUUAAAUAAGUGACAUUUUUUUAUGGGUAGUUAUAAAAUGUUCUAGUGUUUUGUUCAUGUAUUCUAUGGGUUUGAAAUUGUGUUGUAGAUCUCGAAAUUUUUUUUUAAUGCGUUUUUUAUUGUUUUAAAUUUUAUUUCCCAUAACAUUAAUAUUUUUAACAUCUUGGGAAAUGUCUUAAAGAUAUACUCUCGUCCAUUUUUAAUAAUUAUUCUUAAGAAGUAUAUUUCAAUUUGUGAUGAUAUUUUUCUUUAAAAAAUAUAACUACAUUCAAGUACAAUUUUUGCCAUACUUAUUAAGCUCGUUCUAUUAGUAUUUAUAAUAAAUAUAUAUAUAUAUUUUUUUUUUCUAUGAAGAAAUAUUUUUUAUAUGACAGGUUUUUUAAGUACAAAUACAGUAACUUUUUGAAAUAUCAUAUAUUCAAAUAAUCAAUGUUAACUUACGUAAAAUUAUCAAUGUUCUCUUAUGUAAAAUAAUCAAUGAUUAAUUAUGUAAAUUAUCACUGCCAUUAAGAUGACUGUUAAUUAUAUUAUUUAGGCUUUACGUUUUGGUUUGGCUACCUGAAAUUAUAAUUGUAAACAUUUUUUUUUUWUUUUCUUUGACAUAAAUAUGAUGCAUGUUCCUAUAAUUAUUAUUUUUCGAUAAAAAUAUAUUGAUUUAUAUUUCCAAAUCAUAUGUGGUAUGAAGUAAUCCAAACUCAAUAUUAUCUUAAAUUGUGCAUUUAUUAUUUAUUUAUAAUAGUGUAUGUUUAAUGUUUGCAAUAUCACUUUUAUACUUUAGAACAAAUUAUAAUUUUUUUUUUUGCUCCAUAUUAAUAUUAUAUUAAUUAUAAUGUUAUGCAUAGUAAUUUUGCCUUUUUAUAGAUGAGAGAUACCUUUUCAGAACCCAAUAAAUCUUAAUGUGUGAUGAUUUAUGAUUAUUUAUUUUAAUAAAAGUAAUUCUUGUCAAUAUAUUUUAAGAAUUUUGUUUCAAAGGAAUUAUGACCUAUAAUUAUAAAGGAACAUUGUAUGUA